ACCAAAAUUUGAUCUUAAACAUUAGCCUCCCUAGUUUUCAAAUAAUCUGUAUUCUUAUACAUAUAUUGUAUUACUAUUAUGGCUGUACUACUAGCUUAUUGUCUUGUUUUCUAUCUUAAUUUGCAUGCAUGCACUGCUAAACUUGAUAUGGUUUCGGAUAAAAAAUCUUUUGCUAGCCAACUUCCAUUUCAGAGCAAGGAUGCAGAAACGUCAAAGUUUUUGUCGGACCAACAUGAUCAAGACACUAAAGGAAAAAAUACAAAAGGUUCUGAGUCAUGGAAGAGAGCGAUGCUAGAGUCGUCGGCGUUCAACUAUGAGGAAAAUGUGAGCACUAAGGAUAAAGGCAGUGUGGAAGACAUCGUAGUAAUGGAUUAUGCCCAACCCCAUCGCAAACCACCUAUUCAUAACAAGGGCACCUAAUAUGUUGUUGA